AUGACUGUUAUUCAGCAUGUCCAACCCUGGCUCGUUCUCAUGGUCGAGCCCCAUCCAGCAGACCAGACAAUGUCCCGUUGGCGCCUGAUUGAGGAACCAUCGCCUCACGCGCCGGUCGCUUACCAGGGUGACGAUCCCGACGUUGAAGAGCGUGUCACGACUAUGAUCUGCGUCGACGGCUCGCGGCCGACCGACGUGCACAUCCCGCGUGCGCUGCUGGAAAGCAUUGAAAAGAUCGGCCUGCAUGCGGACCACCAACCAUACCUCAACACCGCCGUCUUUCCCCAUCUGCGGGAGAUUUUCGACAACGGCGACGUGCCGUACUAUGUAGCCCAGCACCUGGACCGUGGUGGACUGGAUGUGCGCGAAGAAGAGCACCUGGAUAUGGUAAUCCUGCGGAAUCGGGCCAAAAUACACAGCCAAGUCAAGCCCGCGUUGCCGGGCUGGAUCAGAGACGUCGUCGACGACCCGGCCCGCCAGAUCGAACUCAAAAUCCGCAUCUCGAUGGAUUUCCGCACCAAGACAGAGCAGCAAGGUCCCAUGCGGGUGUCUUACACCAACGGAGUCGUGCGGAUCGUUUCAGACGCGUGGUUGCUUCCGCCGGCGAACCUCACCUAUUGCUGGAGAGCAGGCCGACCCGUGUUCACCGUCGAGCGGCCUAUCCCCAACUAUGCUGUAUGA